AUGGCAGGGUCUCAGCUUAAGCAGCUCAAGGCUGCGUUGAAGACUAAUGGUCUCACAGGACAAGCUAACAGCAAAAAAAAUAAGAAAUCAAGAACUGCAACUGAAAUAAGAAGAGAUGACAGAGAAGAAAUUAUUUCAAAUAUCAGACAACAGUUUAAUAAGUUUGAUACCAAGACUAAUAGGACAAAGAAAGAUUAUACUGUGAUUCAAGGCGGAAAAUUCGUUAAGGCGGGAACUGCUCAGCAUAAUAACUCCACAAGAUCAAGAUCAGUGAUGGAAGAAAACCUCAAGUUACAAUAUGGGGCCAAUAAAUCAAGACAUGGCAAAACAGGUGGAGUUGUGGAUAGAAGAUUUGGGGAGAGUAAUAAAAACAUGACCAAUGAAGAGAAGAUGUUGGAAAGAUUUACCAAGGAAAGGGAAAGACAAUCCAAGAAGAACGUAUUCUCUUUAGGAAGUGACGACGAAGGCGAUGACGAAGAUGAUGAUGGGUUUGUUUUGACCCAUUAUGGUAAGUCGUUAGCAUUAGAUGAAGCAGAGGAUGACAAUGAUGAAAGAAAAAGAGGAUGGGGAAUUGACGAGGAGGACCAAGGGUUGAUGCCUAUCGAAGAUCAACCUCAACGUAAAAAGACUAAGGCUGAAGUUAUGAAGGAAAUUAUUGCCAAGUCCAAAUUCCACAAGAACCAAAGACAACAAGAGCAUCAGAAGGCUUUGGAUGACAUUAUGGACUUAGAUGAAGAUUUCGAAGACAUCAUGCAAGAUCUCAACUCUACUGCUGCCAAGAUUCCUAAGAAGCAGUUCCUGGAAAAGAAACCUGAAGAAAUCGAGUACGACAACAAGGUCAGAGAAUUGACCUAUGACAGAAGAUCUGUACCAGCCGAUAGAACUAAGACAGCUGAGGAAAUUCAAAAGGAGCAUGACGACAGAAUGAAGCAGUUGGAAACUGCCAGAUUGAAUAGAAUGAAUGGAAUAGCCGAUGACAGAGAUAAGGAAGGAGACGAUUUGGAUGAUGAUUUCUGGAAUGGAAGCGAAGAAGGUGGUGACAGUGAAGACGAAGAAGAAGAGGAAGUAGAAGAUGAAGAUGCAAGUGAAGAUGAAGAUGGAUCAAACGGCAGUGGCAGAGCCAAAAAAACUCGUACUGUAGUGUCUAUGCCCUCCACUCAUGCUGAAUUUGCUUCCAUGAUUGCUGGCAUCGAAACUGAUAAGCAGCCUGCGUUCAUUGACAAGAUAAUCCAGGUGUACCAGCCAAGAUUGGCAGCUGGCAAUAAAGAGAAAAUGGGUCAAUUCACAUGUAUCCUUUUAGAUCACAUCCUCUACUUGAAUGAACCAGAACACUACUUAGCGUCCAAUAAUGACUUGAUUAACAAAUUAAUCCAAAAGUUAAAGGAGCUUUCCGAAAAGUACAAUGAACCAUUAGUUGAAUCAAUUAGGGGAACGAUUCUUAAAAUACAAGAAAGAAUCAUGGAGCAGAAAUACGAAUCAAUGGAUUUAGUAUUCUAUACCAUCGUCGGAUAUGUUUUCUCAUCAUCUGAUCACUACCAUUUGGUUGUUACUCCUACUUUAAUUCUUAUGAACGAAACAUUAAGUGGAAUUCAAUAUAAUUCAGGCAUUCAAUUUCAACAGGUCUUCACUACAGUUUUCAUCAGUGAAAUUUUAUUGAAAUAUACCACAUUUUCGAAAAGAAUAGUUCCUGAGGCAUUGCAAGGGUUGGAAAAAGUGCUACUUUCCCUUGUCCCAGAACCAACGAAAAUAGCUGAGCAAAAUAAAUUAAACAUAAUUGAAGUGGUUGAAACUGUAAACACACUUCCAAAAUCAAUUAAGGCCAGUAAAUCUACCGGUUCAAUUUCAUUGCAAACACUCUACAAGGUAAAGCCUACGUUACAAGAUAAGUUUGAACUUUUACAAAAGACAGUUUCGCUUAUUGGUAACUACCUUGAGAUUUGGAAGGAGACCAAUGCAUUACCUGAAAUUGUUUCUGCAUUCAAAGCCAUUUUAAAGCAUACUGUGAAGUAUUAUUCAGCCCAAAUAAAGCAAUUGCCUGAAUUGCUUAACAAAUUGGACAAAUUGGAGAGAUUUGCCUUGAAUGAUAGAAAACCAUUGACAUUACAGCAUCACAAGGCCCUCGCAAUUGCAACAUUUGCGCCUAAGUUCGAAGAAAACUUCAACCCAGAUAAGAAAUCUUACGAUGUAAAUAGAGAAAGACAAGAAAUUGGUAAGAUGAAGGCGCAACUCAAGAAAGAGAAGAAGAGUACCCUUAAGGAUCUCAGAAAGGAAUCUAGAUUUGUUGCUCGUGAGCAAAUCAAGGAAAAGAAAGAUAUGUACGAAACAUAUCACAAGAAGAUGGCAAGCAUUGUUAAUUCUAUCAGUACUAUAGAAGGUGCUGAGAAAAACCAGUAUGAGAAGGAAAAGCAACAGCGUAAGAGUAAAAGGUAG